AAGCCGCAGUUGGGAUCUCGCCCAGAGUAUGCUCGGUACGGAAUCUUCGAAUUGCAAUGUUUAUCUUUUAAUACUGUAGAUCUCCUCCGACAAUGUGCGUCUGCAAGUUUGGCGGAGGCUGUGCGACCUGGAUGGGAUCCAAUAACGCUGCCAGAGUCGAGACAGUACGUAGUCUCCUCUUUCCUCACAUUUCUUCUGCUCCUCUCUUCGCUCCAAAAGAACAAGGUAAACAAGGGGGGUGAUAACUCUUGUGUGGCAAGUGUGUGUGUGUGUGUGAGUGUGUGAGAGAGAGAGAGAGAGAGAGAGAGAGGGCGUCGGAGGUUGAGAAGUGAUCGGGGGGCUGAUGCUCUGAGAAUUGGUUGAUGGAUUCGGUUUAGGGUUUAUGAUGGGUUAUUUUGAUUGGAUCGGCGGUGGGUAGGGAAGUCGUGGAGUUGCGGCGGUUUCCGAGGUAUUGAUGGCGUCGUCGGAGGUGUCGGUUAAGGGUAGCUGUGGAGGACAAGUGCAGAGCUUCUCGUCAGCGUGUAGCGAGCCGCACGAGGGCGCAGCAACGACCGGCGGCUUUGCUGAUGCAAAUGAAAGCUUGGGCUUUGCCAAUGACACUCUCAGCGUUAAAGAAUCGGAGGACGCUAUGUACACCGAGUUAUGGCUUGCUUGCGCCGGUCCUUUAGUGACGAUUCCUAGAGUUGGGGAGAAAGUCUUUUACUUCCCUCAGGGCCAUAUUGAGCAGGUGGAAGCGUCCACAAAUCAGGUUUCUGACCGGCAGAUGCCGCUUUACAACCUACCAUGGAAGAUCCUUUGCCGUGUGAUGAAUGUUCAACUGAAGGCUGAACCAGAUUCUGACGAGGUAUAUGCUCAGGUGACAUUGCUCCCAGAUAAGCAAGACGAGAACACAGUAGAGAACGAAGCCGUUCCAUCUCCAAAGCCCCGGCCUCAUGUGUAUUCUUUCUGCAAAACACUGACUGCAUCCGAUACUAGCACACAUGGUGGGUUCUCUGUCCUUCGUCGUCAUGCGGAUGAGUGCCUCCCUCCACUGGACAUGAGCCGGCAGCCACCAAGUCAAGAGCUGGUGGCAAAGGAUUUGCAUGGAGCAGAGUGGCGUUUCCGCCACAUCUUUCGGGGUCAACCACGUAGGCAUUUACUUCAAAGUGGAUGGAGUGUUUUUGUUAGCUCGAAGAGGCUUGUUGCUGGAGAUGCCUUUAUAUUUCUAAGAGGAGAGAAUGGGGAACUUCGUGUUGGAGUGAGACGUGCAAUGCGGCAGCUGGCCAAUGUUCCAUCAUCAGUUAUAUCAAGUCACAGUAUGCACCUGGGCGUCCUUGCAACAGCUUGGCAUGCUGUCAACACAGGCACCAUGUUUACAGUUUACUACAAACCGAGGACUAGUCCAUCAGAAUUUAUUGUUUCAUUUGAUCAAUAUAUGGAAUCUAUUAAGAGCAACCAUUCUAUUGGGAUGAGGUUCAAAAUGAGAUUUGAAGGUGAAGAGGCACCAGAACAAAGGUUCACUGGAACUAUUGUUGGGAUAAGUGAUGCUGAUGCUGACAGGUGGCCUGCUUCAAAAUGGAAAUGCCUCAAGGUGCGGUGGGAUGAGACAUGUUCUAUUCCUCGCCCUGACAGGGUUUCUCCAUGGAAAAUCGAGCCUGCUCUUACACCACUUCCUCUUAAUCCUCUACAAAUGUCUCGACCAAAAAAGCCACGAAAUUCUACCUUUCCCCAUUCACAUGACACUUCUUUUAAAAAAGAAGGCACUUCUAAAAUCACUGCAGACCCUUCCCAAUCACAUGGAGCGCCAAGGGUCUUGCAAGGUCAAGAAGGGAUGACCUUGAAAAGUGCAUUUGUUGAUGCUAGUGAGUCAAAUAAAGCUCCAGAAUACAUGAUGUGGUCAACGUAUGAAGGAGAGAAAAAUGAUGUUUCUGCUCAGAGAAGAUUUGGGUCAGACAGCUUAAUGCAUGUAAACAAGCAUGAGCAAACAUGUUCUGUAUUCCAGCCUCUUGAUUCAAGUGGCGUUCCAUCAUUUUAUGAGCAAGCUUCAAGUGAUAAAAAUCUUUUAAAGAUUCAUUUUCAAGACCGAGAGGCCAAACAUGACUAUUCACCUGGAUUAUGGUCUUUGAUGACUCCAAAUUCAGAUUUUAAUAUGCUUGAAUGUAAUUUGAAGGCAAGUGCACAAGUUGCUGAAGUGUCCUACCAGAAAACUGGAAUUUCCAGAUAUGACAUGCAGGGUGGAUUUUCCGAACAUCAUGAUUUUGUUGGUGAUCAAUAUUCACCUAACUGGCUGGGAAGUUUAUUGCCGGAUUCUCAAGUUAAUAACUGGCUUCUACCCAGGGUCAUCAAGCCUCAACCUAUGAUACUGUCACAACAUGAUGUAACAAAGCCCCAAGAAACUAGUGGUUAUAAGCUAUUUGGGUUUAAUCUAAACAGCAGUCUACUGACAUCUGAAUCAGUUGCACCACAGAAUAAGUCAGCUGAUAUUCUGUUGCCACAUGUCCAUCCUACUGCAGUUUUGCCCCUAUCACUGGGUUUUGAGGCUAAUAAGCAAUUGGAGUUGCCCGUUACAGAAAAAUUUGUUGGUAGUUCAUUGACAAAUGGUGUCCCAGAGAAAUUGGUACCAGUUUGUCCACAGGCUUCUAAACAUAACCAAGACAAAGUGCAAGGUGGUUGUACUCGGAGUUGCACAAAGGUGCAUAAGCAAGGUAUUGCUCUUGGCAGAUCUGUUGAUCUCACCAAGUUUAAUGGUUAUGAAGGACUUGUUGCAGAACUUGAUCGAAUGUUUGAUUUUGAGGGUGCAUUAGUGUCUGCCAACAAAACUUGGCUGGUUGUGUACACUGACAAUGAAGGUGAUAUGAUGCUUGUUGGAGAUGAUCCCUGGAAUGAAUUCUGCAAUAUGGUCCGGAAGAUCUUCAUCUAUACUCAUGAGGAAGUCCAGAAGAUGAACCCUGGAACAUCAAAUUGUCGAGUCGAAGAAAAUCCAUCUGCUUCUGAUGAAAGAAUAGCUGGUGAAGGAACAAAGGAACCUGCUGCUGCUGCUAAUCCUGAAAAUUCUAGGGGCUGUCCUGGAAGUGAUAUGGCUUUUUGAAGAAGUUAAGCAAAAAGGAAUACUCAAUGUUGAAAUCUUUUUUGGUGGUGAGUACCAACUUAUGAGAUUCUGUGUGCUUUGUUGGUAAGUCCCUCAUCAUCCCCUAUGCUUGUUUGUCCCCAGGCUGGGACAUGGAACUUAACUUAUUCUACAGUUUUGCUGGUAUUGUAGUCUUGCUUACAAAGUCCCUUGUGGUAUAUAUAUAUACUACUGAAUAGCUAAGUUAGUUCUUAAACUAUGUAUGCACCCACCAUGUAAAUAUUCAUCUGUUAAUUUUAUUAUCUUUAACUCA